AUGGCUCAAUCGUCACCUGCUGCCGAUAUGAAUGAUGUCCCCGGUGAAGGAGGGGAACCAGCAGCUCCCGCACUCAUAACGCAGGUGGAAGGGGUUUUCAUGACGAGGUUGCCUGAGGAAUAUCAUAUCCCUGAAGACCCUAUUGUUUUGGAAGGGGACCUCUCCCGUUCCGGUCUAUCUGCCAUGCUCAAUGACUUGCUUUCAUUACAAGAGCCAGUGGUGUUUGACUUCAUCAAUGGACGGUUCCUGCGAACUAGCCUCGCAGAUUUCUACAAGCAACACGGCUUCUCUAGCGAAGUUGCAUGCAACAUAGAGUAUGUUUUGGCGAUGCCAGAGCCCGAGACCGCUGAGGUUACUCAAGAGGAUUAG